AUGGAGCCAUAUCAACCAGACAGUAAGAAGCCAGCCUACAAAGCUUCGAGCCUCAUAUCGACUAUGGCAAAGUGCAUCCCAGUUGCCCUGCCUGUCUUGGAAUGGGGGAAUUGCCACCAAUUCCCUCUUUCUUCUCAGUUCUGUGCUCGCUAUGCUUGUCCAAACCCAGCCCUGUCUUCUAGUUUCUGCGAACACUCCAGAAAGGAGGGACCCGCGGCAAAUACCUGUGACGCCUGCAAAGCCUCGUUCCAGACCAACUCAGACCUUGAAAGCCACGCAAAGUCAUUAAGCCACUCGGCCUUCCGCUGCAAAUGUGGGACCCCUUUCAGCAGGUAUUCCUCUUUGGCACGCCACAUCAACUCCAAAACGGGGAUCGGAUACCACUGCGGACUAUGCGAGGACAAAACCUUUGGCCGCAUCGACAAGCUUUAUGAUCACCUCCGGGAUGGCCACAAAGUCAGCAAAAAGGUCUUGGACCGGUGCAAAAACAAAGAAUUGGGCCGUGAUAAGAAGCCCGUCUACAGGCCGAUCAAGUCGAGCCUGGCGCCGGUUGUCACUCCGCAAGCCACUCCCGCCAGCGGAUUUUGGCCUGCUUGGUCCCCUACCGAGCAGAUGAAUGGAGCUACAGGACGACAUGCCGCUGAUAUGCCUCCCUCGAGCCCUUCUGGCUUCAAUCCCGUCAACUUCACGGUAAGGCCCCGUCAACAAAAGCAUGGAAUCAAGACAGGCCUGACGUGA